AUGUCCAAAGGUCGCUCACUUCCACCAGCACUCAAGCAGCUGCUUCAGCAGCCGACAUUCCCGGCUCGAGCAUCUCGGGCCUCGGCUUCAGAGCAACUCCCACCCGGUCGAUCCGCCAACCCUUCUCCUACACCCAAACUCACGAGUGUUGGCCAACACUUCCAAAGUCUACAAGUUGAGGCAAAGCAGAAGGGAAUCAGCUGGUGCGAGUGGAUCUCGAUUGCAACUGCGACGCUCUUCACGCUAAACAAUCCAGGAAGUUUGCAAGCCCUGCACCGGUUCGCGGCAGGCGACAAGUCUACUGACCUUGAGCACAGGCAGAAUGUGGCUCUGCUGAUGCGUGAGACAGGUCUCAAGUGUAUCGGCUUCAUUGGUAUUCCCAAAGUGAUCAAUAACCUUGCUGCUCUUCGAAAGGCAGUUGAGGAAGAUUCAGAGCUCGUCGGUUCUUUGUCGACACAGCCAAGAAGACAAAUCAAGUCUGACCGUCUCGAUGCAGUCCACAAAGCAGCCUACAGCCUGUGGGAUGACAUUUACACGCCUCACUCUGACAAGCUUCUCAAGAUCUUGGGCACUUCUCACCCUGACUUGCCGGUCUUCAUCGUCGAAUCCGAGUACGGACCUCUGUUCUCCUCUCCAGCUUCCUUCGCUCUACCUUCUGACCCUGAUUCAGCCAAAAAGGAGCCCGUGUGGGACGUGAACCGACUUCGCACUUCGCUAGUUGCUAUCUCGGCGCUCAGAGCUCAGGGUGGUGUAGGUCCUCAGGUGACGAGCCACGUCUGGGGUCUGCUCAAGGCCAAGGACUCGAUCAAGCCUGACGAUGCUAGCAAGCAGGGUCUCGAGUGGCUCACCACGGAAGAAGGCGCUCUAUGGGUAGUCCGCACUGUCGAUGGCAUCUGCGAGGCAAUCGAAGGGGCCGAAGAGUUCGAAGGGCAGGGCAAGGAGAGCAAGCUUUGA